UGAGAGUGCCUCGCUCAUUACAAUUGUCAAGGAACAGAAAGUUGUGAAAACUUGUUUAAAAUUGUGACAAUUGGUUAUCUUUCUGCACUUGGGACGUACCUAUCGCUAGCGUGACGUGGACUGUUCUAAUGGUUGAGGUUUACGUCCACUCAAUUAUCCAAAGAGCAUGCAAAGCUGGGUGAUUCCUGGAUGAUUUCUCACUUAUUAAAAAAAUGAAUUGUUGUAGGUGGGGUCAGAAAAUUAGGCCCUAGGCCUGCAAGACUUCGGAGGUGGCCCCGGACCCAGAGAGACCACUCCUGAUGGACCUUUGAAACCCAUCUGCACAGCUAAGCCCAACUAAUAUGACAUCUCUUAUUUAGUAGACGCAAAUAGACCCAUCAACUAAAAGAACUCCAUCAAGCCUGCUUUGGGCCUGAAAACUUUAGUCCACUGAUUGUCUGCUCCUCGGCCCAUUAGUUGCGGGCUCAUCCAAGUCGUUUCGAGGUCCAUGCCGCAACUGCAAAAUCAAAAGUAGUCGCUCCAUGUCUGUGAUUGUGAGUGCCGUCUUCCGAUGCUGUUGUAGUUGAACGCCAAUCAAUGAACUACUCGUAUUUCAUCUUCCUAAGAACGUGUGCCGAGUAAUUGUUCAGAAGUUGAAAUCAACAUUGAAUGAAACCAAGUUGUUAACAUUGAUGCUUCAACAGAGCAUUCAAUCGAGCAACGGAUAGAACUGCGUGCCAGAGUCUUAUAAAGAUGGUUUCGGUAUGUUCUUGGUUCUAUCGAGAUGACAGAUAUCCACCGCAGUAUUUCCUCACAAUCUCACAUACCCAUUUAUCGCAAGACCCAUUCAGCAUUCAUGACUUGAAAAUCAGAGUAAGUGAAAAAGAAAGGUGUUUAUGCAAGGAUUUUGAGUGGAACAGACAUGCGUUGAUAUGAUUUAUCUUCAAUAGUUGUGAAUUGCUCGGGAAGCAUUCAAGCAUAUGAGGUGAGAGUCGAAACGUACUCUUUUUAGUAUUUGAAGCACUCUGUUUUUGCUCUGUUUCUGUUGUCUGUAAGCAUCUAUGGCAGUCGAAGAUAUCUAUACUAAAGAUGGAACAACUGAUUACCGUAACAACCCUGCAAACAAGAAGAAAACUGGAACCUGGAAGGCGUGCCCAUAUAUUCUAGGAAAUGAAUGUUGUGAAAGGUUGGCUUACUAUGGAAUCAAUACAAAUCUGGUUAAUUACCUCAAAAAUCAGCUCAACCAGCGAAAUGUUCAGGCUGUCAACAAUGUCACAAAUUGGUCAGGCACAUGCUAUGUCAUGCCACUACUUGGAGCUUUUCUUGCAGAUGCUUACCUGGGAAGAUAUUGGACAAUUGCCAGUUUUUCAAUCAUUUAUGUCUUUGGAAUGACACUGUUAACUCUGUCAGCAUCUGUUCAUGGAUUAAAACCUUUGUGUGAUGAUAAGAAUGCAUGUCAUCCAACAGGGUCACAAACCGCAGUGUUCUUCAUAGGUCUAUACUUGAUAGCUCUAGGAACUGGAGGGAUCAAGCCCUGUGUUUCAUCAUUUGGUGCAGAUCAAUUCGACGAUUCUGACGAGGAGGAGAAGAAGAAGAAGAGUUCCUUCUUCAACUGGUUCUACUUUUCGAUCAAUAUCGGUGCCCUUAUCGCUUCUUCUGUGCUCGUAUGGAUACAAACCAAUGUAGGAUGGGGCUGGGGUUUUGGAAUUCCAGCUGUUGCUAUGACAAUUGCUGUUGUUAGCUUCUUUUCCGGUACCCGAUUGUAUAGGAACCAAAGACCUGGAGGAAGUCCACUGGCUCGGAUAUGUCAGGUCAUAGUUGCCUCCUUAAGGAAAUCAAGAAUAAAAGUGCCUAAUGACAAGUCACUUCUGUAUGAAACCACAUAUGAAGAGUCUGUAGUCAAAGGAAGCCGAAAACUUGAUCACACAGAACAAUUAAGUUUCUUCGACAAGGCGGCUGUGGAAACUCCGGCGGCUCGUGUCAAAGGUGUUGUGAGUUUAUGGAGACUGUGUACCGUAACUCAGGUUGAAGAGCUCAAGUCCAUUAUAAGGUUAUUGCCAAUAUGGGCUACUGGGAUAAUCUUUUCUGCUGUAUAUAGUCAAAUGGGAACCUUAUUUGUUUUGCAAGGCAACACAAUGGACCUUCACAUGGGAAAAUCCUUUGAAAUCCCUUCAGCCUCACUUUCCCUCUUCGACACUAUCAGUGUCAUCUUCUGGGUUCCAGUUUAUGACCGCGUAAUCGUUCCAUUAGCGAGAAAAUUCACCGGCCAUAAAAAUGGAUUCACACAGCUUCAACGCAUGGCAGUUGGCCUUGUCAUCUCCAUUUUCGCUAUGUUGGCUGCAGGGACUCUGGAGCUAGUGAGACUUGGUGAGGUAAGAAAGCACAACUACUAUGAGAUGAAGCAUAUACCAAUGUCAAUAUUCUGGCAGGUGCCACAGUACUUCAUUAUAGGCUGUGCUGAAGUUUUUACAUUUAUCGGACAAUUAGAGUUCUUCUACGAGCAGGCACCGGAUGCAAUGAGAAGCUUGUGCUCGGCUCUUUCGCUUACAACUGCUGCAUUGGGGAACUAUUUGAGUACAUUUCUAGUAAAUGUUGUCACAGAUGUGAGCACCAAGCAUGGUAGGCCUGGUUGGAUACCGGACAAUCUGAAUUAUGGACAUCUUCACUACUUCUUCUGGCUUUUGGCAGCUUUGAGUGUGCUGAAUUUGGGGGCUUAUCUUCUUGUUGCUAGGUGGUAUACUUAUAAGAUAGCUGUAUUGUCCAUCCACUGAUUUGCAGAGAUUGAUGUCGGAUGUUAUUUGUUAUUUUCAUGCCAAAGUUCCGCCAGGAACUGAAAAAUAGUAUGGGACAUGAUCUAUUACCGCAUGAGUACGAGUUAUGUUAUGCGCUACCGUACAAGUUCUUUUAAUGCAUAAUAAGAGGUAAACAACUCUC